AUGAACGGGGGAAAUCCUGCAGGGGCCCCGAAGUCUUUUCUGGAGGUGGCUGUGUUCUUCAACCGAGAGGAAUGGGCUCUGCUGAAUCCGGCCCAAAGAGCUCUGUACUGGGAAGUCAUGCAGGAGAAUUACGACUCAGCAGCCUCUGUGGCGCCAGCCAAGAGAAGUGCGGUCUCCACAGAGCUGCGAGGAAUCGAGCUGGUGUGCAGAUUGCCCGCACGUAGGAUUCGGCUUUCUUUUGUGAAUACUCUGGCAACGUUAGAGAAGAUGAACGGGGGAAAUCCUGCAGGGGCCCCAAAGUCUUUUCUGGAGGUGGCUGUGUUCUUCAACCAAGAGGAAUGGGCUCUGCUGAAUCCGGCCCAAAGAGCUCUGUACUGGGAAGUCAUGCAGGAGAAUUACGACUCAGCAGCCUCUGUGGGUCUUUGGGUUCCUGGACCAUUCCUUAAUUCACAGCGCCAGCCAAGAGAAGUGCGGUCUCCACAGAGCUGCGAGGAAUCGAGCUGGUGUGCAGGUGAGAAACCAUAUCAAUGCUCAGAAUGUAAGAAGAGCUUCAAACGAAGGGACCACCUUAUUUCCCAUCAACGUGUUCACACUGGGGAGAAGCCGUAUAAAUGCUUGGAGUGUGGGAAGAGCUUCAGUCACAGCAUAACACUUACAUCACAUUUCCUGCUUCACACAGGUGAGAAACCAUAUCAAUGCUCACAAUGUGGGAAGAGCUUCAGACGGAGAGACCACCUUACUUCACAUCAACGAGUUCACACUGAGGAGAAGCCAUACGAAUGCUCAGAUUGCAGCAAGUGCUUUUCUCAUAAAUCAGGCCUAACUGUGCAUCAGAAGACUCACACAGGGGAGAAGCCAUAUAACUGUUCAGAGUGUGGGAAGAGCUUCAGUCGGAAGGACAGCCUUACUUCACAUGAACGUGUUCAUACUGGGGAGAAGCCAUAUAAAUGCUUCGAGUGUGGGAAGAGCUUCUCUUGGAAUAGCCACCUAACUUUUCAUCAACGCAUUCAUACUGGGGAGAAGCCAUAUAAAUGCUUCGAGUGUGGAAAGAGCUUCAGUCAGAAGUCCCACCUGGUUUUUCAUCAACGCAUUCAUACUGAGGAGAAGCCAUACAAAUGCUUUGAGUGUGGGCAGAGCUUCAGUCAUAACGCAACACUUAAAUCACAUUUCCUGCUUCACACAGGUGAGAAACCAUAUGAAUGCUCAGAAUGUAAGAAGAGCUUCAAACGAAGGGACCACCUUAUUUCCCAUCAACGUGUUCACACUGGGGAGAAGCCGUAUAAAUGCUUGGAGUGUGGGAAGAGCUUCAGUCACAGCAUAACACUUACAUCACAUUUCCUGCUUCACACAGGUGAGAAAUCAUAUCAAUGCUCACAAUGUGGGAAGAGCUUCAGACGGAGAGACCACCUUACUUCACAUCAACGAGUUCACACUGAGGAGAAGCCAUACCAAUGCUCAGAUUGCAGCAAGUGCUUUUCUCAUAAAUCAGGCCUGAAUUAUCAUAAGAGGAAGCACACAGGGGAGAAGCCAUAUAAAUGCUUGGAGUGUGGAAAGAGCUUCUCUCUGAAUAGCUGCUUAAUUGUUCAUCAAGGGACGACUCACACAGGGGAGAAGCCAUAUAACUGUUCAGAGUGUGGGAAGAGCUUCAGUCGGAAGGACAGCCUUACUUCACAUGAACGUGUUCAUACUGGGGAGAAGCCAUAUAAAUGCUUUGAGUGUGGGAAGAGCUUCUCUUGGAAUAGCCACCUAACUUUUCAUCAACGCAUUCAUACUGGAGAGAAGCCAUAUAAAUGCUUCGAGUGUGGAAAGAGCUUCAGUCAGAGCACAACCCUUACAUCACAUCUCCUGCUUCACACAGGUGAGAAACCAUAUCAGUGCUCAGAAUGUGGGAAGAGCUUCAGACGGAGAUACCACCUUGUUUCACAUCAACGUGUUCACACGGGGGAGAAGCCAUACAAAUGCUCAGAUUGUAGCAUGAGCUUCUCUCAUAAAUUAAGCCUUAAUUAUCAUAAGAGGAAGCACACAGCAGAGAAACCAUAA